UCGCUAUGCGCGUUUAGACGCGGCCCUGUGCCUGCUAGUGCUACAAAAACUUCAGUACAUUUUCGUAAGACUGUUGCGAGUUCGUGCCGCAAAAUGCCGAAUUUGGUGGUGUGUCUAGUUUUGUUGGCGGCGGCGAUGGCUCAGAAUGAAGACUUGUUUGAACUCAAUAUCGUCCACUACAAUGACUUCCACGCACAUUUCGAAGAAGUGAGCUCUACGGGCACGGUAUGCAGCCCCGGCGAACAAUGUAUCGGGGGCUUCGCGCGGCUGUACACGGCCGUUAAGGAAGCCCUAGAGGUGGAGCCCGACUCGGUGCUGCUCAACGGCGGGGACACCUUCCAAGGCACCAUCUGGUACAACUUCCUCAGGUGGAACGUCACGCAGUACUUCAUGAAUAUGAUGCCGCACGACGCUCAUGUGCUAGGCAACCACGAGUUCGACCACGGCAUAGAAGGGCUGGUUCCUUACCUGGAGCGGCUGAACUCCACGAUGCUGGGCGCCAACGUGAACACGACCUUCGAGCCUGACAUGACGCCGUACGUCAAGAACCACGUGGUCGUCGAACGGAGGGGACGCAGGAUCGGCAUCAUUGGUGUGCUGCUCAGAGUCUUCUCCGCGCCUACCGGCAACGUGAUAAUGGAGGAUGAGGUGGAGGCCAUCAACCGCGAGGCAGCCAUCCUCACCGAGCAGGGAGUCGACAUCAUCAUAGUACUCUCACACGUCGGGUACCAGAAUGAACUGAAUAUAGCUGCGCGCGUUUCCCCAACAGUGGACAUAAUCGUGGGCGCCCACUCCCACACCCUGCUGUACACCGGCGACACGCCGAGCGGGGAGACUGCCCUGGGCGAGUACCCCACCGUCGUCACGCAGGAGAAUGGACAUAGGAUCCCAGUGGUGCAGGCGUCGUGCUACACGAGGUACCUGGGCAUCAUCAAGUUAUUCAUCGACGUAGAAGGUGUGGUCCAGAGGUGGGAGGGCCAGCCCGUGUAUCUGGGAACUUCCAUCGUGCAAGAUCCGUUCAUUAUGGAAGAGCUGGAGCCUUGGCGGGAGCAGGUGGACUCUGUAGGGAAGGAGGUGCUGGGAUCAACCCUCGCGCGUUUAUCCAGGGGCUGCUACAGCGCCGAGUGUAUCCUGGGUAGCUGGGCAUGCGACGGGUUCUUAGAAGAGCUGAUGAGCCGCGCCGACGGCGGCCGGUGGAAUGACGCUCACGUUUGUUUGAUCAACGCUGGUGGUCUAAGAAACCAGAUUGACCCAGGCAAUGUGACAACAGAAAGUCUGCUAAUGGCGAUGCCUUUCGAGAACUACGUGCAGGUAUACGACCUGAAAGGGAAAUAUCUUUUGGAGGCGUUGGAAUUCUCCGUGGGUGUUGCCCAGACACCUGGCGGCUUUUACAGUGGACGCAUGUUACAGAUUGGAGGAAUGCGAGUGACGUACAACGCGUCGCAGCCAGCAGGCGCCCGCGUGUCCGAAGCCCUGGUCCGCUGCACCGAGUGCGCCGUGCCGCGGUACUUGCCGCUCGACACCAGCGCCACCUACCGCGUCGUCACGCAGGACUACAUCGGCGACGGCGGCGGCGGGUACACUAUGCUGUCAGAGAACAAAGAGAACUCGAUAGACCUGGAGGUGGACUACGAGAUGUUGCAGCGCUUCAUGCGACGACAGCAGAUCGUGGUCAAAGAUCUCGACGGCCGUAUACAGAUCGUCUACUAAAUUAACACUUACGCCCUUGUAAAUAAAGCUUAUAUUCUCUU